GCGGCCGCCACCGAGCCAUGGCGAGCGCGGCGGUACCCGCGCAGCCCCGUGAGCCGGAGGCCCCGGAGGAGCGGGACGCGGCCGGGGAUACGGAGCGCACGGAGGUGUCGAGCGGGGCCGGGGCGGCGGCGGCGCUGCUGGGGGAAACGGGGCUGGCCGUGAGCUGCUGCAUCGCGGCGGCGCUGAGCUGGGAGCGGCCCCUCCGCAGCCUGGGCGGCUUCGUCUGCGCCAACCUGCUCUUCUGGUUUCUUGCAUUGACCUCUUGGAGAGUAUAUCAUCUGACUUCCCUCAUAAUACUUGGAGUGCUAAUUCUUCAGAUCAUGAAGGAUUUGGUAUUCUCGAGAAUAAAAGGUGCAAAGCUUUGGAGGACCAUCACUGGCAAUUGGAAAGUCAUCGAUUCCAGGGAAGACUACAGACCCCGAAUAAAUCAGUGCAUUUCAGAAGCACUGAUGAAUUUAUUUGUAUUUCUUCAAGAAAUGUCCCACUUUAAGGAACAAAACCCUGGCAAGUUUUGCCUACUAGUCUGCAGCAUAUGUACAUUUUUCACUGUCUUGGGAAGUUACGUUCCUGGAGUUGUCCUCUCCUAUGUCUUGUUAUUGUGUGCCUUUUUGUGUCCCUUCCUUAAGUGCAAUGAAUUUGGACAGAAAGUAUGCAGCAAAAUUAAGGCUGUUCUGAUGAAACUAGAUUUUGGAAUAGUGGAAUAUAUCAACCAGAAGAAAAAAGAGAGAUCUGAAACAGCAAAAACAAAACCCACAGAAGAUGACAGUGAAUUAGACAUAUCAGCUCUGUGUCCUAAGGUUAGUCCUGCAGUGGUUGCCAAAGAGCUGUCAGUGUCUGACACAGAUGUAUCGGAAGUGUCUUGGACCGAUAAUGGGACCUUUAACUUAUCCGAGGGGUAUUCUCCGCAGACAGACACAUCUGAUGAUUUUGACCGACCUAGUGAUCACGAAGAAGCUUUCGCUAGAGAUCUUUUAGAAUUCCCUUCUUUAGAAAAUGGCGCCGGAACAAAUGAUGACGAUGACUCAAGCAUCGGAAUACCCAUCCAUCAAAAAGGAAGAAAAGAGCAAACAGAUUUCAAGGUGGAUCAUGCUUCCAGACAGAGUAAAGAGAGACCACCCACUGCAGGAUUGUCCUUGCCUUUGACCAGUGACCAAACCUUUAAUUUAAUGAGUGGAAUUGCUGGUGAUGUCAUCACAGCCGCGGUGUCUGCUGCCAUCAAAGACCAGUUGCGGUCCACACUGCAAGCUCCCUCACAUGCAGCGCCCAGUUUGAGCGAGGAGACAGACACAGAGGAGGCCGAUGAUUUUGAACUGCUUGACCAGUCUGAGCUAGAGCAGAUUGAGAAAGAAUUGGGACUUUCACAAGGCCAAGAAGCUGAAUCCCAGGAAAAGAAAAAGUCUUCAGGCUUCCUUUCAAAUCUGCUUGGAAGUCAUUAACCUGGAAAUUGCAGCUGGUAGCAUAGAUGAAAUUAAAUAUAAAACACACAAAAAAAUCAUCAAAUGCAAAAAAAAAAAAAAAAAAAAA